AUGGUUCGCGCAUCCUCCAUCAUUGCCCUCGUCUUCACCAUGGUGUGCGGCACGCAAGCCGCAAACUGGUACUGCCAGUGCCUGUACCCGGACGGCUCGCACUGCUGCAACAAUGCCGACGACUGCACGUCGUCGUGCCUCAACGCCGUAUCCAACGAGACGGACAAGGCGUGCAACGCUGGAGGCAAGAACUCGCGCGUCAGCUACUUCAACGCUCAGUUCCGCACGACUUGCCACGAGACUUAG